AUGGACUUCGACUACUCAACCACAAAGCUCAUCCCGCAGGAAUUUCUCGCUAUAGUCCUAGCAGGCUUUGGCAAUGAGCUAGUACCUCUCACGGGAAAUUAUGGGGACGAGCCGAGCCCAAAAGCUCUUUUGCCCAUCGCAAAUAAACCUAUGCUAGAGUAUCCUCUCGUUUGGAUUGAGCAAUCUGGAAUAAAAAAUGUGCUUCUCGUCUGUCCUACUCCGCACAGGUCUGCCCUUUCGAAUUACAUCCAGUCCGAUUCGUCUUCAUCAUUUCCUUCACUGCGAAUUGACCUCCAAACAUAUGACGAGACGCAAGAUCUUAAUGUCGGGACAUGCGCGAUCCUCAGGCAUUUCGCGCACAAGAUUCAGCAGGACUUCGUUCUACUCCCUUGCGACUUCGUGCCCCCGUCCUCGUUCUCGCUCACGCAGUUAUUGAACAAGUUCAGAACAGAGACGAUGUAUGAUGGUGCGAUUGCGACCGCGUGCUUCUAUGAGGGUCGCAAACCAGAGAAAGGGAGUCACACAGAUGAAUGGGGCUUGCUGCCUUCUCCUGUGCCAAUAGUAUGGGACGAACGAUCGGGGACGCUUCUACAUAUCGAAACGCCAGACGAUGUAGAUCGUAAUGGCGAAGAGAUCGAACUCAGGAUGAGCUUGCUUUCUCGAUAUCCCAGAGCAAGGUUGUCUGCGAGCCUGCUUGAUUCACACGUCUAUGUUUGUCGGAGACAAGUCCUUGAUGCCCUGCAGCAGAAAUCGCGGUUUGACUCUAUCCGAGAAGAGUUCAUCCCCUGGCUUUGCAAGCCGCAGUAUCAGCGCACGAAGCGACAGAAAUAUGGCCAUGUGCUCAGCCCUAGUGCCAAUACCAUUAAUCAGAGCCUUGCGCUGAAGCAUUCAACCGUGCAUACUGCGCCCGUUCAACAGCGUUCGCGGGAAGAAAGCCUACCUCAAAGCCCCCCUUCAGACGGCCAGAAUGAAGAGCAACCAAGAUCUUUGAUUCCAUUCCUCGCAGAUGACGAUGAGGAAGAGUCCAUGCUAGCCAGCUUGCGUGUAGGCCUUGUGGUCCAGCGAGCCGACGGCGGCUACGCUGCCCGCGCCAACAAUCUCCACAGCUACCUGGAACUCAAUCGGCAUUUCCUCUCUCAAACAACAUAUUUUCUGCCCACCGACCAGGAGAGUCGAUCGCUCAUCGACCACAAAGCCCAGAUAUCCUCAGACUCGAUGAUUGGUCAUUCUACGCGGGUGGAGGAAAGGACCACUGUCAAGAAGUCAAUCAUUGGCCAGCACUGUGUCAUCGGCAAAAUGGCCCGGAUAGUCGGCUGUGUCGUUCAGGACCACUGUGUAAUAGCGGACGGAGCGAAGCUUGACGGAUGCGUUUUGGGCAAGGGCACGAAGGUGGGGGCGAAGGCAGAACUUUCACGAUGCGUCACGCAAUGCGGAUACGAAGUCAGCGCUGGUGAAACGGUCAAGAAUGAGAAACUCGACGUCUCUGAUUGGACGGCAACACCAGGGUCUAGCGAGGAGGAUGAAGAGGAUGAAGAGACGAGUUCCGAAGAAGAAAGCGACUGA